CAGAUCUUAUAAGUAUGUAAAGUGCCAAUUUAAGUCAUGCAUUUAUCAUAUGGCGUGUCCGCUUACCACUGAUUUACGGAUCUAUUACAAACGCAAUAUCGCAUCUUUUUUUCUGCUCGAAAUUAUAAAUUUUGUGAAUUGUUCAAUAUCAUUGUACUACAAUGUCUUUCUUGAAAAAAGUUGUCCUGAUAACAGGGGCCAGUUCAGGAAUUGGAGCUGAAAUAGCUAUUUAUCUGGCUCAGCUUGGUGCAUUACUGUCGAUAACAGGGCGUAAUAAGCACAAUUUAGAAAAAGUAGCUGAACAAUGUGGACAAUCCAAGCCGUUUAUCAUAAUGGCAGAUCUAGCUAAUGAGAACGAUGUGAAAAAUAUUAUCGACUUGACAAUCAAGCAUUAUGGGAAAUUAGAUGUUUUAAUUAAUAACGCUGCAAUUUUUGAAUUAGGUAGUAUAGAGACUGCAAGCUUGGAACAGUAUGACAACAUUUUCAACGUAAACAUUCGGUCAACAUUCCAAUUGACUGCGUUGGCAGUGCCACAUUUAAUCAAAACGAAAGGCAAUAUUAUAAAUGUUUCGAGCAUAACUGGAUUACGACCAUUCAAGAAUAAUCUGCUAUAUUCCAUGAGUAAGGCGACUUUGGAUCACUUUACGCGUUGCAUUGCUUUAGAAUUGGGAUCACGACAGGUGCGUGUGAAUUCCAUAAAUCCUGGCGCUGUAAUAACACAUCUCUUUCGGAAAUAUGGAAGCCAAGAACAGAUUAAAAAUUUUUUCGAGCAGUCGAAAGAAUGGCAUGUUUUAGGAAGAAACGGCGAUGUUUUAGAAAUCGUAAAAACCAUUGCAUUUUUAGCCAGUGACGAUGCUAGUUUCAUAACAGGAGUGACAUUAUCUGUAGAUGGAGGUAUGCAUAUUAUGCCACCUGCUGUAACUUUUGCGUCACUUGUAUAAAGAAAAAGUAUUUUAUAUUAUUUUUUUGUUGUGCUGGGUUGCCCAUGGAAUACCAAUAUUUUCGAAAAAUCAGAAAAUUUAUUUUAAAUAUUUUAUGAAAAAAGAUAAUUACUAUAUAA